UUGGAGCCUUUAACGAUGGAAACGGCAAGCGUGUCCCUGAAACGCGGGUGCCUUGUUGUGGAAGAUAAUGACGGCGUGGCCCCACAGGAGCAAGCGAAGAAGCAGAAGGUCUCCGAGCUUGGUCUGAGCAACAGUCAGGGUGGGGUAGAGAAUGACGCACUACCCCCCAGUGAGAACGACGAGCCUGCGUCUCUGGAAGCUGAGAGUGCCAUGGACGAUGGAAAGAAUGAGGAGGACCAGGAGGAGGAGGAAGAGGAGGACGGCCUCUCGGAGGCGGGGGAUGAGGAGGAGCCGGAGAGUUUCGCAGACAUGAUGAAGCAUGGGCUCACAGAACUUGAUGUGGGCAUCACCAAGUUUGUGAGUUCUCAUCAGGGCUUCUCGGGGAUCUUAAAAGAAAGAUACUCGGACUUUGUUGUUCAUGAAAUUGGAAAAGACGGACGGGUCAGCCAUUUGGAUGAUUUAUCUGUUCCAGUGGAUGAAGAGGACCCUCCAGAAGAUGCGCUCACGGUUUUGACAGCCGAGGACAGGCAGCAGUUGGAGGAGCUCCAGCUCUUCAAAAAUAAAGAAACUAGUGUUGCCAUCGAGGUCAUUGAGGACACCAAAGAGAAACGAACCAUCAUCCACCAAGCUAUUAAAUCUCUCUUCCCAGGAUUGGAGACAAAAACAGAGGAUAGAGAAGGCAAGAAAUACAUCGUAGCCUACCAUGCAGCCGGCAAAAAGGCUUUGGCAAAUCCAAGAAAACAUUCUUGGCCAAAAUCUCGGGGAAGUUACUGCCACUUUGUCCUAUACAAGGAGAACAAAGACACAAUGGACGCCAUCAAUGUCCUGUCCAAAUAUUUACGAGUAAAACCUAACAUAUUUUCCUACAUGGGAACCAAAGACAAAAGGGCCAUCACAGUCCAGGAGAUUGCUGUUCUCAAGAUAAGCGCACAAAGGCUCGCCCACCUGAACAAGUGCUUGAUGAACUUUAAGCUGGGGAACUUCAGCUAUCAGAAAAGCCCUCUGAAGCUGGGAGAGCUUCAAGGCAAUCACUUCACAGUCGUCCUCAGGAAUAUCACAGGAACGGAUGAGCAAGUUCAACAAGCCAUGCAGUCCCUGAAGGAGACCGGCUUCAUUAACUACUAUGGCAUGCAAAGAUUUGGGACCACAGCUGUCCCUACAUACCAAGUUGGAAGAGCAAUUCUACAGAAUUCCUGGACAGAAGUCAUGGAUUUAAUACUAAAACCCCGUUCUGGAGCUGAAAAGGGGUACUUGGUGAAAUGCAGAGAAGAGUGGGCCAAGACCAAAGACCCAGCCUCUGCCCUCAAGAAACUACCUGUGAAAAGGUGUGUGGAAGGGCAGCUGCUUCGAGGACUUUCCAAGUACGGAAUGAAGAAUAUAGUCUCUGCAUUUGGCAUAAUACCAAGAAAUAAUCGCCUAAUGUAUAUCCAUAGUUACCAAAGCUAUGUGUGGAAUAACAUGGUGAGCAAAAGGAUAGAAGACUAUGGGCUGAAACCCGUGCCUGGGGACCUUGUUCUCAAAGGAGCCACGGCCACCUACAUUGAGGAAGAUGAUGUUAAUAGCUACUCCAUUCAUGACGUGGUGAUGCCUUUGCCUGGUUUUGAUGUCAUCUACCCCAAACAUAAAAUUAGUGAGGCCUACAGGGAAAUGCUCAUGGCAGACAGUCUUGAUAUUGACAACAUGAGGCACACAAUUCGAGAUUACUCCUUAUCGGGGGCCUACCGCAAGGUCAUUAUCCGGCCUCAGAAUGUCAGCUGGGAAGUCGUUGCAUAUGAUGACCCUAAAAUCCCACUUUUCAACACGGACGUGGACAACCUGGAAGGAAAACCACCGCCGGUCUUUGCUUCCGAAGGCAAGUACAAGGCUCUGAAGAUGGACUUUUCGCUUCCUCCUUCUACUUACGCCACCAUGGCCAUUCGAGAAGUGCUAAAAAUGGACACUAGCAUCAAGAACCAGACCCAGCUAAAUACAAACUGGCUCCGCUGAGCAGGGCGCUGCCGCAGAGGAGGCGUUGACUUUCCUGCUUGCCGCCUUCUGUUCUUUUCUCUCUCAAGUGCUGACUCAUGUUUGGAAUUUGAAACUUUUAUAGUAAAGGAUUAUUUGUAUUUUUUAAAGUUUUUAUCAGCUUAAAUAAUUUGCAGUGUUUGUACACAUAUAUAAGUCCUGAGGAUCCUAAUGAUAGCUCAGAAAAUAUAAAUUGGUCAGAAUAUACUUUAGGUGCUUAAAUUCUAGUACAGUAUCAGCUUUCUGGCUUUAUAACAAUAAAAGGAGGGGUCUUUGGUUUA